UAUGCCAUUGCCGUCUGUAAUUUGGUUUGUGUAUUUUUGUGAAUUUCACACUUUUUGAAAUCAUUGUUUUAGCAAUUAAACUUUUUACUUAUUAUUUUUGGACUUUUUGCUAAGCUACAUUUUAGUCCUAAGUAAUAUUUGCCUAUUUGGGAAGUACACUCUACAAGAUCCAAAAUGCAGCAAACCCGGGAGCACGCGUCCUUUAAAGUUAAUACUAAAAAAGCCCUGGACAGCAAUCAAAGAAAAACAGAUCGGAUUUCUCAAAUGUCUCAACAGGAAAUUAUGAUUGAGCAGAAAAAGAGGGAAAUUCAGGCUAAAUUAGAGGCUAAACGAAGGCAAAUUAAUCAGGAGCAAAAAGAGAAGAAACCCACACUUCCGCCUGCACCACCCAAGGAUGCCCCAAAAAGUGGCAUCAAUUUAUUCUCUAAUGAUGGUUCUUUCCUGAACCAGUUUAAGCAGCUAAAUGACAAGAAACAAGAUUCAAAAUUCAAGACAUUUCAGAAAUACAAGGAUAAAGAACGAGAACGCAAAAAAGAAGAAGAAAAGGAUAAGGAGCCAGAGAGUGAUAUCAAAGAAGAGGAAGAAAAUAAUACUGAGAAGGGCAGUGAACCAAGCGAGAAAGAGGAUAAUUCCCAGCCGACCCCACCAUCAGAAACCUUGAUCAAGCCUCCCUUCAAUCCAGACCAAUUUCUACCUUUCGAACAUCCCAUCACGGGUUCCUUUGACACAUCAUUUACAAGCAAUCCGCCUCCGUCUUUUCAUCAUUUCGAUCACAAUAUGCCGCCCCCAAACAUGGACGGUCGAAGGCCGUCUCUACUUGGACCUCCACCGCAGAUUUCUCCAUUGAUGACAGAGUUUCAUCCACCGCCUCUAAUGAACUUUCCACCACAGUCUGCGGAGAAUAUGGCUUUUAACGCACACCCUCAAUUAAGCGGUAUGGAUGCGAGUAUUCCACCUCCCACCCAUAUAAUAACUUCGACGGUGACUCAGGAAAUAAGUCACUCUUCCAGUUUGCCACCUCUAAUACAGCAGUCGCUUAGUAUGGUCCCACCACCGUCAGUGUCGGAUAUAACUACAUCAACUGAACCUGAUACAUUAUCUGUUUCUGGACCCACACUACAAUCAGUUCAGGCGCCUACGCACAUAUUUACGACCUCUGCAAGUGAUCAACUUUUAACCGCGCCUCCUCCAAAUCAAGUUUUAUUAAACGUUCCGCCUCCUCAAAUUUUGCCUCAGACCCAAAUCGUAUUAACUCCGCAGGAUCAAAAUGUGCUAGUAUCAGCGCCUACUAGUAUCAUCACGACCGUCACCAUACCACCUCCUGUAUUGACGCAACAAAACAUUAAUCAUGCUGCUCCGAAUUUAAUAAAUAUGAGACCUCAAGGAUUGCCAGCGCCAACUGUAGAAUUGACGUCUAUUCCGCCUCCAAAUCCUAUUCAGGUUCAGAAUAUACCACAACCGGAACCUUUGAACACCCUUAAUAUACCCCCACCAGCGCCGUUGCAAGUGUCAACUAUUCCAACUCCGACCUCUCUGCAACUGAACGAAAUUCCCAACCCAAAACCGAUCGAUAUCAUGGCAAUACCGACUCCUACUGAAAAUGACGAUCGAAACUUCAUGAAAAAUGUCCCACCUCCGAAUAAAACCGUGCCUCCGCCUAGUUUGGGGGACGUUAACUUUAUGCGGGGGCCCCCUCAACAAGGGCCGUUGCCCCAAGGCGCACAACCAAUCUCUUCGUCACCUUUGACACAAAACGCGACUCCUCCCCAACCAUCCCGAAUUCCCUCCCUAAUGUCCCAGCGGGUACUGCCCCCGCCCGGCAUGGGAAUUAACGUUCCCCCACCGUCGAUAAUGCACCCACCGCCACCCAUACGUGACGUCAGUCAACCGCCGCCCAACAUGAUUCCACCAGGACCGCCGCCCAUGAUAAAUGUCAGCGUGCCGCCGCCUAUGAUUCCACCACCGGCUGUGGUGCCGCCUCCAAUGGAUGAUUUUAACGAUGAACUUAGAGGUGGCUCCCUCGCCAAUGCUGAAUUUGAAGCGAUGUCAAACCUGGCCCGAAUGGUAGCCGAGUGCGGCCCAUCCGUCGAAGACGUUGUUAGGCAGAAAAAAAACCGAGAUCCCGAUUUGUGGUUUCUGUUUCACAAAGAUUCGGCCGCUUAUCGUCAGUACGCUAGUUUAGUAGAGCAAUAUAGGAAAGAGCGUGAGGCAAUGGAGUCGAUGGAUGAAAAAAUGGAAAUAAAGCCUGAUCCCAGUGAAAUUUAUGAGCCGGAGAUGGCAUUGGAAGAUGACGAGGUGGAACUAGACAACAAGGUGGAAAUUAAGCAGGAGCUUAAACAGGAAGAUGACUCUACGAGAGAAAGUAGAAGGGAAAGAAAGAGAAAAAGUCGAUGGGGAGAAAAGGAUCUUGAUGUAAAAGGACCAGUAAUUCUUCCAGUGUUGGUACCUCCCGUGAAUACUGCCCUACCACCUGUUCCUGGUAGCUCAUCACUGCUAAGCAGAUUGACCCGGAAUGAUCCUGGCUUACUUCAAUAUGCAGUUCAAUCCUAUGGUUCUACAAAUCUUUCAGAUGAAGAUUGGAAAAAGGCUGAAGAAAAUUAUAAAGUCCAUCUACUCUAUCAAGACAUGUUGAAAAAAAGAGAAGAAGUUGAAAGGUUGCAGGCUCAAGGUAAAAAUAAAUACGAAUACGACUCAGAUGAAGAAACAGACGGUGGUACUUGGGAGCAUAAAUUAAGAGAAAAAGAAAUGCUUGCGACUGAAAGAUGGGCCUCAGCAUUGACUGAACAAGCUGAAGGCAAACAUCACAUAGGUGACUUUCUGCCACCGGAAGAACUAAAAAGAUUUAUGGAAAAGUCGAACGCUUUAAAAGAGGGUCGACAGCCCAGUAUCUCGGAUUAUAAAGAGUUUAAAAUCAAAGAAGAUAAUGUAGGCUUCAAAAUGCUGCAGAAGUUAGGUUGGUCCGAAGGACAAGGAUUGGGCCAAAAUAAUGCCGGAAUCGUUGAGCCUGUUAAUAAAGGUGCGCCUAGAGAAAAUACUCAAGGAUUAGGGCUCAACCUCGGAGAAGCAACUGAAGGUGAAGAUGAAUACGAUUCAUACCGAAAACGCAUGAUGCUUGCUUAUAGAUUUAGGCCCAACCCUCUGAAUAAUCCAAGAAGACCCUAUUAUUAGUUUUAUGAAAUAAUUCGAAAAUUAUUUGGUAAGUAGUAUUAGGUCAGGAUUGUAACUUUAUUUCCAGAUAAUUAUCGUUAAUAUUGUUUAUGUAACUUUGUACAUCUGUUUAAGAUAUUUUUUGUAGAUAGCCUAAACAUUUAAUGGAAUGUCCAAUAAAAAAAAUAGUUUAAA